CGCGCCCCCGUGGCUACGGCACUGCAUAAACAGUAGUUUCUAAUUAAGUUUAUUUUUACUAAGCCUAAAGUAGUAUAUACAGUAACAUAACAACUACCACUGUACCAACUCUCAAUUUGUUGAAUGCUAAUCUCCCACUAUGUGUGCUAUCAUGGUCUUGUAAAUGAAAAGAGUGAAAAUGAAAAAAAUGGUAUUGAAAUAGAAAGAGAAGACAGUUAUAUUAACAGCACCCCCAUGUAAUGAGAUGACUAGGGUAAAGUUGUAUCCGGUAUUUACUUUUCUAACAGGUACCAAGACAUACAUUUAACAAGUACAGUGAAAGCAUGAUGCAAGAUGUAGAAGACUCUAGAGAAAUUCUAGGACCUGAACAUAACAGUUAUAGUUAUUUUGCAGAGAAAUUUAACUACUGUGAACAAGAUCAGUACAGAAAUGAUGAAUGGGAUAAAACAUUUGAACAUGAUACAAUCUUACAUUGUCAACAAUUCAUCUGCUCAGAAGAUAAUCAAAACUGUUCAAAUAUUUAUGUCGAAAAGUAUUUGAAAAACCAUCGUAGUAUCCACACUGGAGAGGGACUAUACAGUUGUAAUGUGUAUGAUAAAAAAUUUAAAAGUAGAAAUGAUUCAAUACAACAUCAGAGUAUAAAGAGAGAGUACAGUUGUAAAAAACUUCAAACAGUAAGUAGCCUUAAAUUACACCAGAGGAUCCACAUUGAAGGGAAAUCAUAUACUUGUGAUUGGUGUGGCAAACAGUUUUCAAAACAAGAUACUCUAACUAAACAUAAAACAAUCCACACAGGAGAAAAGCCAUACAGAUGUGAUGUUUGUGGCAAAGAGUACACAUUAGUAGAUAGCUUUAGAAAACAUCAGAGUACACACAGUGUAGAGGGAAAGUACAAUUGUGAUGUGUGUGAUAAAAAAUUGAAAAGUAGACGUAACUUAAAGCUACAUCAGAGGAAACAUAAUAUAGAGGAAAUGCACAGUUGUGAUGUGUGUGGCAAAAAACUCCAAACAAUAAGUAACCUUAAAUUACAUCAGAGAAUCCACACUGGAGAGAAACCAUACACUUGUGAUUGGUGUGGUGAACAGUUUUCAAGAAGAGAUAGACUAUAUGAGCAUGAAAUUAAUCACACAGGAGAAAAAAAUCAUACAGUUGUUAUGUUUGUGACAAAAAAUUCACAAGAUUAGAUAGCUUUAGUAGGCAUCAAAGAGCACACAAUAUAAAGGGAAUGCACAGUUGUGAUGUGUGUGGCAAAAUUUGCAAAAGAAAAAGUAACCUUAAGUUACAUCAGAGGAUCCACACAGGAGAGAAACCAUUCAUUUGUGAUCAGUGUGGCAAACAGUUUCCAAGAAAAUAUACCCUAAAUGUACAUUAUAAAAUGAUCCACACAACAGAAAAACCAUACAGUUGUGAUGUUUGUGACAAAAAAUUCAAAAUAUUAUAUAGCUUCAGAAAACACCAGUUAGCACACAAUGUAGAGGGAAAAUAUAGUUGUGAUGAGUGUGGUGAAAAAUUCCAAAAAAAAGUUGAAUUGAAAAACCAUCAUACCAUCCAUACUGGGAAGGAACCGUACAGUUGUAUUCAUUGUGGUGAAACGUUUUCAAGACAAGAUACCCUAGAUAUACAUGAAAUGAUCCACACAGGAGAAAUACCUUACAAAUGUGAUGUUUGUGACAGAAUAUUCACGAGUGCAAAUAACUUAAGAGAACAUCAGUUGUUGCACAAUAUAGAAGAAAAGUACAGUUGUGAUGUCUGUGGCAGAAAAUACACAAGAGUAGAUAGCUUUAGAAUACAUCAGAGUACACACAAUAUAGAGGGA